AAUAAUUCUUCCUCCAUGAAAUCAUAGUUAUAAUGGACUGCCGACUUGUCCGGCAACAUUUCCUUUUUUUCUCAAAGAGCUUCGCAUACUUUGGCUUGAUUGGUAGACUUGUGUCUUGUUGUUCAAACUAGGUAGAAUUAGUCAUCACCGGAUCUGUGCUUCAAAAUUCGUUUCUGGGUUCAUAUGUCCUCGUGCUCCGGGUUCGUGCGCGUGCUUUGAUGCAGCAGCGAUCGCCUUCACAUCAUCUGUGAGCACUUUAGCUCGUUUCUGAUGGUUUGAAGGUCUCUUGGCUUUUUGAUGCAACAUACUUCAGCGAUCAAUUUACUUCCAAAUUCAUCCCAGACCCAAGAAGAAUCGGCAAUGGAAGGGGGUGAGAAUUCGUUACUGGUGGAGUUUUUCGAACCUGCGCAGUAUUGGACCGAGGCCCUGCCCCUUGGAUGCGGCCGCUUAGGGGCUAUGGUACACGGCGGUGUGAAAUCCGAACUCGUGCAGCUCAAUGAGGAUACUCUGUGGUCUGGAGGACCAACCGAUUGGAACAACCCUAAAGCUCUGGAGACUCUCCCACGAGUGCGGGAGCUUGUAAAGGAAGGAAAGUAUGCAGAGGCCACCACAGAGGCACAGAAGAUGCUUGGACCUGAUCCAGAGGUCUAUCAACCAUUGGGAGAUUUGAAGCUCGAAUUUGAUGACUCACAUAACACCUAUGACAAAGAGAGCUAUCGCCGUCAGCUGGAUCUUGACACAGCCAUGACUUAUGUGAAUUACGAGAUUGGUGAUGUGUCGUACCUUCGUCAAGCAUUCACUUCUUAUCCUCAUCAGGUCUUCGCCAUGCGGAUAGCUGGAAGCAAGAGUGGCUCAGUUUCGUUUUCUGUGACUCUCGACAGCCAGCUCAUGCUAGGCAAAGAAGUUGUUGGCUCGAAGUAUAUAGCUUUGAAGGGACAAUGUCCGAUUGAUAGUAACAAGGUUACGGAAGUUGCAAGUCCCACUAGGUCGAGUAAAAAGCAAGGAAUGGAAUUUGUAGCGGUACUUCAAGUAGAGGUUAGCGGAGAAGCCGGGAGGCUACAAGUCGUUGAUAAGCAGACACUGAAAGUGCAUCAAGCAGACUGGGCGGUUCUCUACUUGACGGCCUCUUCCUCUUUCGAUGGACCUUUCAAAGAUCCGAGCAUUUCAGGCAUAGAGCCUACCUCACUGGCAUUCGCGGCCUUGGCGAACUUAGUGGAUCUUUCAUUUGACGACAUUCUUGCUGCUCACUUGGCUGAUUAUCAGACUCUUUUUCAUAGAGUUUCCCUGCGUCUGAGGAAUCACAGAUGCAUUGAUGGCAACCCCGAUUCGAGUGUCUUUGAAGAUGUUGAUAACGAAGAAAAAGACUUGGGCUUGUGGGAGCUCAUUGUUCCCUCAGAAAUUGUGGAAAGCAAGACGGUGGAGAGUGGCGCUCAGGUUUCAACAGGAGUGGAUGGAGAAGUAUACCCACAAAAUGCGUGGAAGGAGCGAAUUUCAACUAGAGACAGGAUCUUGAACUUUGAUGGGGAUGAAGAUCCAGAUCUAGUGGUCCUCCUGUUCCAGUUUGGGCGUUACUUGCUCAUUGCAUCAUCUCGACCAAACAGUUUCGUGUCAAACUUGCAAGGAGUAUGGAGUAACUCAUUACAUCCAGCUUGGAGAUGUUGUCCGACUCUCAACAUAAACCUGGAAAUGAAUUACUGGCCUGCUGAAACAUGCAGCCUAGCUGAGUGUCAUUUACCUCUUUUUGACUUCCUUGAGCAGAUUGCUGUCACGGGUGCUACCACUGCCAAGGUGAAUUAUGGUCUAGGAGGGUGGGUGAGCCAUCACAAUGCGGAUAUCUGGGCGCACUCAGCUCCUGUAAGUGGAGAUCCAGUGUGGGCAUUAUGGCCUAUGAGUGGAGCUUGGAUUUGCCUUCAUCUUUGGGAGCACUACACUUUCUCUCAAGACGAGGAAUUUCUGAGGAACCGUGCAUAUCCACUGUUCAAGGGUUGUGCAGAAUUUUUUGUGAACUGGCUUGUCGAAGACGGUAAGGGCCAUUUGGUGACAAACCCAUCAACCUCGCCAGAACACCAUUUUAUAGCUCCAGAUGGACAAAGCGCAUGUGUGAGCUAUGGCUCUACCAUGGAUAUGGCUAUCCUCCACAACUUUUUCAACGCUGUCGUUUCAGCAGCUAAAAUUGUGGGACAGGAUGAAGCAGAGUUGGUCUCUGAAGUUAAAUCAGCUGUUGGUCGGCUGCUCCCUGCGAAAAUUGGAAGCGAUGGUCGACUUCUGGAGUGGGUGGAGGAGUUUAAGGACCCAGAGGAUACUCAUCGGCACAUGUCUCAUCUGUUUGGUCUUUAUCCUGGGCACUCAAUAACGCCACAGUCUACUCCAGAACUUUGUGCUGCUGCUACACAAAGUAUCCUAAAAAGAGGGGAGAUAGGCCCUGGCUGGUCAACGGCUUGGAAGACAGCGUUAUGGGCCCGACUCUGGAAUAGUGAUCAUGCUUAUUCUAUGAUUAAACGUAUGUUUACACUUGUUCCUUCUGAAGAGAAAGAAGAACGAUUCGACGGUGGGGGUCUUUACUCCAACCUGUUCAGUGCCCACCCUCCCUUCCAGAUUGAUGGAAAUCUUGGAUUCACUGCAGCAGUGGCAGAAAUGCUAUUUCAAAGUGAUGAAAGUAAUCUGUAUUUACUUCCAGCUUUGCCAUUGAGAAAGUGGUGUGAUGGACUGAUAGCGGGGUUACGAGGCAGGGGUGCCGUCACUGUUGGAAUCAGAUGGCUAGGUGGCAAUCUUCAAGAAGUCACUGUGCAGGUUGAGAAGAAUUUUUCAGCUACGAGGAUGCUUCAUUACAAUACCAAGGUUGUGACACUGCCGAAGUCAACCAGUGGUCCCCAAUUGUACACUUACGAUGGUGAUCUGAAUCUCACGAGGUCUAGAUCAUUAGAAGACUUGGAUGCCGGCGGCGAUAACUCGUGCAUCAUAUUGUAAUGUCGAGGUUCAUGCUUGCUCCAUGUUGUGAGGAUUGUUUCCACCUGCCUGUCUUUGCACCAAACAUCAGCUUUACAUCUCCCUCAGUUUUAGGGAUGUGGCCGUGUUGGAGGUCGUUUCUGCUUAAAUUAUGAGGAAGAGUUAUCGGAGGGUGUUUGAGUGGAGAUAGAGAUUACAGCAAACUGUGUGCGCCUGACUUGCAUAAGGUUUUUCUUGUAAUUGCCCAAAAUCUAGCUGUUGCAGACGGUGUAGCUCGGGACAAGGUAUUCCAAUGAGAGACAUAAGUCAUUAAAAUUUACGUGGUCAUACCAAUAUUGCUAAGUUGAAAUUUGGUAUGCAUCUUAUCGUCCACGUUGUUAUCUGGGUCGUUCUAUUAUGAAGUGGCUCAGAGUUGCUCUACAAUCUGCACAAAGAAUGGGAGGUUAGGUGUGGUGCCUCCCAUUUGGUAGUCACAUGUUUUAUCUAACACAAGCUUUACAACAAAGCAGGCCAACACAGCGCUUGUUUGACUACGCUGUAUUUUCGAGAUUUUUGAAUUAGUCACAUUCCUUGAA